AUGGACCAAGAAUCAGCAGCUUCCCUCCCAACCAACACAACUAUCACGUCAGCCCCCUCCAACAAUACCACCAGAUAUAUGGAGCUACUCAAUAUGGAUAAACAGAUAUGCCUCAAUAGAACUCAUCGACCCAGAAUGAUAUAG